AUGAGUGAGCUUGCCGCGAGAAAUUUAGUCUGUUAUGUUCAAGAACAGUGUUUUCAGGAAAUAUCUACAGGAGGGGCGAUUGAUUAUGAGGUAAUACAUGAGGACGAGCAAGAAGAUGAUGGCGCUACUACAAUGACGACAAUGGUGGGAAGUAGCCACAUUGUCCACGACGUGCCAGAAGAACGUGGUGGUGAAAUAGAAGGAGGUACUGGAGAUUCAGGUGUUUUGGCUGGAACAGGAAAAGAAGAUGAUCGCUUUUCGGGUUGGUAA